AGAAAAACAUUUGGAAAAGUAAAACCAACGAGGCUACGAAUCUCACCCACGCCCCCUGCCGGGCCCCCACAGCUCUCUUCUGUGAUAGAGGUCAGCCCGUGUCAAGGGGGUUGUUCUAUUUAAACAUAUUUGCAUAUGUAUCUAGGGGCGUGGUUUGGUAACUCCACAGGUGCGCUCAAUACUACGUUGAUUGGGACGUACCCGAAACGUACUUGGAUUCCUGCGUUCGCACACUUUGACGAUACAGUAUCUUUGUACACGAGAUACUUUUAAUAAACUCUGAAUUGAAUCGGACGGCAGGCCAUCACCGAGAACUAGAGCUCCGUACUGAGAGGAAAGGCGGUUUUCGGUGUAUCAACAAGGAGAAUAACUUCCACAUUGAGUGGCUAAACUUCAGCGGCUAGUUUCCUGUUGCUGUCGAUAUUUUUUUUUUUUACUGAGAUUGACAAGGAUUCCUGAUCUCCCAGCAAUCCCUGGGUCACCGCAGGAUUCACCGACCUUGACAAUCUGUCUCGGGCAACGGAAAGGAUUAAUGCGGUUCCGGAUUUAAUAUGGACUGAGCAUAAAGAAGAACAAUGAAGAAAAAUCCGGAUAUUUUAAAGACACGUCAUCGCGGUGCUGCGGCCUGGACUCGUCAACGGUCUUCGGCGGUUGACCUUGUCAGUGGCCAAGAGGAUGAGGGCCACGGGGGCUGUGUGCCCGGGUUCCAGGUCAAACACUACCAGGUGGCGUACAUUGGCCCUUUCCAGAAAGGCCAGCCGGUCAUACAAGUGGAGUUUGACGACUGUGCGGGGAACGACGGUGUGACGUUCCAGGUGUCGGAUCCUGGCUUUGAGGUGGAUGGAGACUUGAAGCUGGUUCCACUUCAGAACGUCCCGUACAGUCCGCCGGUCCUCUUCAUCCACGGGACAAGUCCACACGCGGAUGACGUAGCACAGCUGGACGUCACUGGGCUGCCAGAGUCUCAGCACACACUCAGAAAUAUCCUGGGCCUCGGCCAGACGUGGUCACACGGAAGAACCAAAAGACACCUGCUGGUCCCCCCCAUGAUCGUCACCGAGAACCAGAGAGCUCCCUUCCCACGGAUCAUCGGCAAGUCUCACUUGAUUCUAAGAGAGAACUUAGCCAACCACAUCUUCCGACUGACAGGGCCGGGAGCCGACCAGGAUCCCAAAGGUCUCUUCAUCAUUGACAUCGAUACAGGAGACGUGUCAGUCAGCCGCUCACUAGACCGGGAGGCUGUUGACUCCUACCAGCUGGAGGUUUCCACCACGGACUUUGUCGGGAACAUCGUGGAAGGACCCGCCUUACUGCUGAUCACCGUCAUCGACCAAAACGACAACCGGCCCAUCUUCAAGGAGACGCGUUACUCUGGAGAGGUGCUGGAAGGAUCUCCCACAGGAACCACCGUCAUGAGAAUGACCGCGUUCGACGCCGACGACCCCGCCACAGACAACGCAGCGUUGCGCUACAACAUCGUCAAACAGUCGCCCGACAAACCGUCUCCUAACAUGUUCUACAUCGACGCAGAGAAAGGCGACAUCGUCACCGUCAUCUCCCCGAAGUUACUGGACAGAGAGACGCUGCCGACAACGACGUACGAGUUGGAGAUCGUGGCCAAAGACAUGGCAGGAAGUGAAGUUGGCCUCAGAGGAACGGCGACGGCCACCAUCACCAUCACAGACAACAACGACCACGCCCCCGAAUUCACUCAUCCACUGUUCGAGGCAUCUGUGAAUGAAGGGUCUACAGGCAACGUGGUCAACCUGACGGUGGACGACAGAGACGACCCGGCCACCGAGGCGUGGAGAGCCAUCUACACCAUCAUCAACGGAGAUCCGACGCAGAGCUUCGAGAUCCAAACCAAUCCAGACAACAACGAGGGAAUGCUACAGCCCCUGGACUACGAGGGCACAUCCUAUCACAGACUUCUCAUCAAAGUGGAGAACGAAGAACCCCUGGUUCCGUACGUGGGCUACGGCCCCAGCUCCACCACCACCGUCCACGUCUCGGUCCUGGACGUCAACGAGGGUCCGGUCUUCUUCCCCGACCCCCUGAUUGUCACCAGGAUGGAAAACAUCCCGGUGGGCAGCUCCGUAGCCUCCCUCAACGCCACGGACCCCGACAUCCUCCAGAAACAGAGCAUCAGGUAUGCUGUUCUGAGAGACCCAGCAGGCUGGCUGAGUGUGAACCCGGUCCGAGGAACUGUCAACACGUCGGCCUCCCUGGACCGAGAGUCUCCGUAUGUCCACGACAACAAAUACACCGCCGUCUUCAUGGCCACGGACAACGGCUACCCUCCAGCCACAGGCACGGGGUCACUGGUCAUCUACCUUGAGGACUACAACGACAACGCCCCUUACGUGGUGCCAUCGGUGGCGCGUGUGUGUGAAGACGCCCACGAUAUGAACGUCGCCAUCGUUGGGGGACGGGACAAGGACUUACCACCUAACGGCGCCCCCUUCAAGAUCGAACUGGGGAAACAGCCUGGCCUAGACAAAACAUGGAGGGUCACCAGGGUCAACUCAACACAUUCCCAGAUCAUGCUUUUGCACAGUCUGAAGAAAGCCAACUACCAGCUCCCGUUGGUCAUCACCGACUCAGGGGUGCCCCCUUUGUCCAACAACACAGAGGUCAAAGUUCACGUGUGCGUGUGUAAGAAGAACAAGAUGCACUGCAGCUCCGCCCACUCCCACCACGCCAGCCUUCUGCUGCUGCUGGCGACACUCCUGCUCACCAUACUCUGUAAGUACCCAGCACGGCACACGAGCACACGAGAGAACAGGAGCUAGAACUGGUGAUGAACCGGACGACAAAGUCAAAGAUGAGACAUGGGUUCAUAGAGUCCUGGCUAGUUGUACUUCAAAGGCUGUCCGUUGAUCUGCCGACCUUUUGUCUUUCUCGGCGACCCUGCCCAAAGCUAAUUCCAGGAAGUUGGAAGUCAUAAAUUUCUUAUAGAUAUGUGAAUAUUCUAGAGAAGUACCAGCUGAACGUGAAUAAUUCAGGUUACUCUGCUCACGACACAAACCUAAUAGCGAUGUUCAACUGUCCGACUUCGUGAGUCUUUCUAGCCUCGGAACUCCAAGAUGCUGUUUUCUGUCCGGACUUAUUU